CCCCGAAACCCCUCAAAACACCAUCUCUAACUUUUCCCCUUUCAAUAUUCAGUCUGUGUAAGCGAGAGAGAGAGAGAGAAUGGGGCCUUUAGUUUUGGCGACGCAGAUGGCGACGGGUCUCGGCGUGGUGGCCGGAGCUAUGCUCUUGAAGGCCGCGGAGGAGCACCGACUACAUCUGCCGCCGGCGAGCUCCGGCGGCCCCUGCACGUGGAGACAACAGUGCCCUAAGUGCAGCGGAACGGGAAAGGUGGAGUGCUUGUGCUCCCGAUGGUCUGAUGGGGACCGCGGCUGCCGCACUUGUGCCGGCACGGGCCGGAUGGCUUGCAAUAACUGCCGGGGUUCCGGCUCCGGCCGGACAGCUCCGAUUCGGAUCUCGGUCCGAUCGAACCGUUCUUCCUUCUAGAUUAGAUUCGGAAAUCGUAGAGGUUGGCGUUGUUGUUCUUGAUUUUCUUAGUAAUUUUAGUUUUAGGGUUUAGGGAGGAGGAGAAAUUAGUUGGGGUGAAGAAUAGAUAAUUUUUUAUGAUUUAUCGAGCUUGAUGAGGGCUCGAAUUUUUAAUUUGAGGUUUAAAGUGUUGCUUCAAAUUAUUUAUUUUUAUUUUAUUU